AUGACGAAGCUGCAACAUGUGGACGAGCAGCUCUUUGAGAUGACAUCUUCGAGAGCCUUGGAUCUGGUUCCGACCUUUAAAAUGAUGGAGAUCUCCAGCAUUGCAUGGACCUUCGCGUCGAGCCAAGUGUUUGCGGAGCCUUUGAUGUCUGCACUCAGUCGCCAGGUGGCUCGGCACCUGCAGCGCCCUGAGCGCAAGUCCGCCCGCAGCCUGGCAGGGAUCCUGUGGGCGCUGGCCAAGACGCUCUGGCCGGACGAGGCCCUCGAAGAGGCGCUGGCGACGGAAAUCCUUUCGCAUGAGUUAAAUCCACACAGCCUGGCAGCCACCGUCUGGUGCAUGGCUCGCCUCACCUUGCGCCACCUCGCCCUCCAGCACCUGGGCUCGGGCGCCGGCCUCGCCCAGGCAGUUCAGCACUUCGGCGCGCAGGAGUCGUCCAACAGAGGCUGA